UAAUAUUAUUCUUCUUGCCUGAUCAGUGUGAACUGAAGUUGAAUGAAGGAGAAACUCAACUGCUCUCUUUUUGACGUCCUUUUAACUUCAAAAUUGCUCGUCAAUUUCGAAGAUAUUUAGCGCAAAUCACAAUGAGGUAUUUCACAAAUCGACUUCCGGAUUACAAGGCAGGCACUCCCGUGGAAAUCCCGCACGAACACUUCCGUGAGCGGGUGACCUCGAUUGUGGAUGCCGUGGCCCAGCACGUGCAGCCCCGUCACCUGCAGAACUGCGAAGGGGGGCUGUACGUGGGCUCGGCCGGGGUAGCCUACUCUCUGCUUCACAUCACUCGGACCGGGCAGUUUCCCAAGGAGUCCCUACGAUACCUGGGCCUGUGCAAGCAGUACCUGGUAGGGUGCGUGGAGUACGAGAGUCGAAGCAAGAAGGAGGCCGGAGCGUCUUUCCUCUGUGGCGCGUGUGGAGUGCAUGCCGUGGGGGCGCUGUACUCUUCGUCAUCCAAGUCUGAGGCCAGCAAUCAUGCAGCCGCACAAUAUCUUGAAAGUUAUGCAGGUUUUGCCAAGGUCUGUACCCCAGUCAAAUUUCUGGGGCCGAGUGGAUCGGACGAGUUGCUGGUCGGUAGGGCUGGAUACUUGUGUGGAGUUCAACUGCUGGCCCAGAAACUUGGCAAACAGGUUUUGAGCCAAGAGGCCCUCCAUACCCUGUGCAAGGUGGUCGUCGAAUCCGGCCGUAACUACUCCAAACGUCACCAUUCUCAGUCACCCCUGAUGUACUCGUACUAUGACACAGAAUAUCUAGGAGCAGCGCAUGGUCUGUCGGGAAUCUUACAAGUCCUGCUGGGCUUUCCUGAUUUCAUCAAGUCCGAUCCCUCCAUCGAAAAGGACAUCCGAGAUUCUGUUGACUUCCUGGUGAAAUGCCAGACGGAACACGGCGGGAACAUCCCACCAGCCCUGGACGAAUGCGGACGCCAGACUAGACCCGCAGAGCAUGAGUUGGUGCAUUGGUGUCAUGGGGCACCAGGAGUCGUCUACCUAUUCGCCAAGGCCUACCUGACAUGGAAGGACGAAGCCUACCUCCAAGCCUGCCUGAGAUGCGGCGACGUGACCUGGGAGAAAGGUCUCCUCAAGAAAGGUCCCGGACUCUGCCACGGCAUCGCCGGCAGUGGGUACGUCUUCUUGCUCCUCCACCGCUUGACCGGCGACAAGAAGCACCUGCACCGCGCUCUUCAGUUUGCCGCAUUCAUGGAGGAGGACCAGUUCCGGAGAGAAGCGCGGGUGCCAGACGCACCGUACAGCUUGUACGAGGGGCUGGCCGGCACUGCGUGCUUCCUGGCGGACUUGCUGGAACCGGAAAAAGCUGAGUUUCCGUUCUUCAAUGUCUUCUGAGCGUACUUUCGGAGCGUUGAUUUUCAGUAGAUAAUUUCUUUCACUUGAACAAAGACUUGGUAGUUGUGUAAAACUAACCUUGAUCUUGGGCCUACCUUGUGGAUCUGCGAAACUCAGAAAUGCGCUAAGCACGGAAUAUAUUUUGCUUAGCAGAUAUAGAUAACCAGCCAAAAUGCCGUGCGAUGUAUAUUGCUUGCAACUGGCUCUCCGCUGAUUUAUGCUUAGCACAAUAAUUUGGUGAGCAUUAAUUUGUGCUUAUCAUUUCCAUGAGCUUAGGCACAAUGUGAAAUUAUUGUAAUCUUGCCCUUGCUAGUCUCUAUACAGGGGUAUAUGCAAAACUUGCUAUUUAUUAUUCAUGUAUUCGCAUGUCGCUAAAAGUUAACAAUUACAAUUAGGUACAGUAAUUGUUAUCUUACCCAUAGUACAGCAUCAAUACCCAAUAAGUCUCCAUACAGGUCACAUGCGAAACUUGCUAUUUAUUAUUCAUAUAUUCGCGUGUCGUUAAAAGUUAACAGUUGCAGUGUACAGUAAUUGUUAUCUUGCCCAUAGCAUAGCAUCAAUACCCAAUAGUCUUCAUGCAGGUGUAUAUGCAAAACUUGCUAUUUAUUAUUCAUAUAUUCGCAUGUCAUGACAAUUUAACAGUUGCAAUUAGGUACAGUAAUUGUUACUUGCCCACAGCACAGCACCAAUACCCAAUUAGUCUGAAUACAGGUGUAUAAACUUGCUGUUUAUUAUUCAUGAAUUCGCAUGCCGUUAAAAUUUAACAGUAGCAGUUUAAAGCUGUCUUUGCCAGAUCUAUAUUUGUCAGAUCAGAUUCCUUUGUUACUCAAUGGAUGCCCCCCCCAAAAAAAAAUUGUUUGCAUUCUCAUUAAUAAUAGAUUCAUUGACAUUUAUGGGGAUGAAAUAAUAGGCCAAGCCUUUGUUGGUUAUGAGACAAUAAAACAAUACAAAAUCAUAAAUUCACUCCAAGUGUUUUGUUUUCAAGUCAUAGUAGAUACUGCAUGUAUACUGGUACAUUUACCAGUAGGUUUAUAGUUCAUACUUUUGUAGAUUGCUCAAAGCGAUUAACAAAGAAAUCUAACCUCUUUUAAAAGUUUGAAUUUAAUUCACUCGGUGUCUUUGAGACAAUAUUUUGUUUGUUGAACUUUAGGUAUUAAGUGUGGAAAUGGUGUUUUAUGAUAUUGCUUGAAAAUUCAUCGAAAUUAAGGUGUUUUUGAAAGGGAAUGGUGUUAAUUAUUAUAGUAUGAAACUCAAGUGGGUUAAACCCUAAUUAAACUAUCACUGUUAGCAGUGUUCUUGUUAAUUAAAGAGAUAAUAAUAUGAGGGAAAGGAAAUACUUAUUUUAAAUGGUUCAAACUUAAGGUGGAUCAGAGAAUUAUUAACUUUCGUGCUGAAGUAGGACGAUUAUGGAAGACAUUUUAAAAUCAGGAUUAGAAAAGUUACAAGUUAGAAAGUUUUCACGUCUUAAAGAUGUUGGCAAAAUAUCUUUCUUACAAGAUGGCUGUUAUUUGAUGAAAUGAAACUGAAGAUAUAAAAAUAAAAAUCUUUUUAAUUCUUACCCUGAUGUAUUCUUUUGAGCAAUAUUUUCAAAAGUGGUUAUGAUUAAAGAUAUACUGUAUUUUAUCAUUAACAAG